AUGGGUUCUAAUGUACUUUACUUGCUGGAUUUUUUACUGGGUCUGGAAUUAGAAAGAUUUCUAGUUGCGCUCUAUAUUCUAGCCAUGGCUGACGACCCUAGUAUAGUUGUCACGAUCCGCACGGUUUUUGAGUAUGGCCCUAUUGCUGUAGACAGUCUCAUCAAUGCCUACAAGCAAGAGAGUUAUGCGAACUAUGUUGAGUGCAAAUUCAACCCUAUAAAUCACACGUUCGUUCUAGAAGGGGAUAGGAGUCAUGCUGAAGUUGCAUUUACGAAUUUCAUGGAGUUGAUCCGCAAAGCCAUCGAUACAGAGACAUCGAAACGCCGUACACCAAAGGAAUAUGCGCCCAUCCACCGUUCUAGGCUCACGAAGCUUAAUACACCAGCUGUUGAAUGGUCAGAAAGAGAAGAUGAACCCAGAGAUUCUUAUAAGAAGCAAAAUGACAUCGUUUCUUCGAGAGAUCCAAGAUAUACCAUACAAAACCCCUCUACGUUAGCGGAUAUGACUGGCAACUAUCCAUGCAUCGAAUAUUGGGAACCAAGGAUUACAGCGGCGGAUUUUAGUUUGAUGUUACAUCUCCAUGAUGGACAUAGUCUCACGAAUGAAAUUGCAAAGGUGUGCUAUUGCGCUGUUUUCCCAGACUGGGAAAAGAGGAAUGUCAAGAUUGGCGCCAACAGUCGCCCGACAAUCGAGAAAGUCCUCAAGAAACUCAGAAAAAUUGAAGAACUCUUCAAACGCGGAUUUGAGCCAAUCUCUGUAAUUUUGGUUCAUCCCGAGGAAAAGAGGAAGUUUGAAUUCAAGCUAGUCCCAUUAUCGAAGCAGAGUGAGCUGCAAAGGACGACACUGUUUUAUGACAAGUCUAAAUGGCAAACAUAUGGCGCUGAUAAGAUGUUCCUUAUUCGACUUCUGGAAUACGAUCCUGACUUGGAUCGGUUUUUCCCAUGUGAUGUUGCAAUAGCACCCAUUUGGGCAGCAUUCACACGAUCUGCAUCUGCACCACGUGAUUGGGCGGAGUAUAUAUUUGAUGGCUGGGGUAGUCAGGAUAUGAACCCGACCAAUGUGUCUAAGAGGCUAGUCUCUAAGAAAGUACCGGAAAGCCCUGACCUCUCAGGUCUCAACCCCGAAGAUCUUGUAGGCCAAUACAAUACUCCUGGAGGUGCAGCAGCACAGACUAUUACCAAAGACGUGCCUGCCCCUAAACCUGCACGUCAAACACAGCCUAGGGUCGGUGGUGGGUUUGAACUUGGUGAUCGACCAGAAAGUGUAGACUUGGACGAAAGGGCAUCGAAACGCUCCAUGACCGGUGCCAUACGUGUUCCUAGAGUGAGAGCCGGUAAAGAAGCGCUCCUCGAAGAACAUGAAAGCCCGAAAGAAGAGGGAAGAAAAGCUAGUGUGAUAUCUAGCGGAUAUAAAGAACUUGCUGCUUUCGAUCGUACUGUCGAAGCUGAGGACGAGGGCGAGGGCGACACCUCGCUGAAAACUCAUAGCGUUAUAUCUAACGCUUUCAGUCUUCCAGAGAGGCAUCUUGGAACUGGUAUUGGGAGGGCGGUUAAUAUACAUGGUUCCUUUGUAGAAAGGGAACAAAUAGGCGCUGUUGCUUCAAGGACAGUCAGACAACCAAGAACGAGGAAGCCAAAAACAAACACCGAAGCUUCUGAUAAGGAAGGUGUCUCAGAGGCAGAUACUCGAGAAAUUCGGAGCACUAUGAGACAGAAGGCGCCUAGCCACAGAGGCUUAUUUGACGGGCAAGAUCAAAGCAAAAAGCUCAAACAAUCAAACAGCUUAAAAUUCUAUGAUACAAUUAGCAAGAGCUUUGACCAUAUUCGUAGUUGGCGGGGCCACGUUACUUUCGAAGCUUCAUUAGGACGUAUCAUUUUAGCCGAUGUUCCCAAGUCACUCUCCAGGGGCAGUAUUGACUGGACUGAGUGGUGGCAAUCGUUAACGAAAGCCCCGGAGAUAAAAACGAUAUUUACUGAUUUAAUCACCACCGAAUUUUUCGACAUGGAGUUUAUCUCCGACUUAAAAAUGAGCAAGGCCGAAAUGCUCUUUUCUCCGGACCAUAUCAAAAAGACGGUUACCUACGAGUUUCAUUGUAAAUAUAAGGGGAAAAACUAUAUCAUGGAGGUUAAUGCCAGAACUUUUGAGGCGACCAUCUACGGCGACCAACAAGCAUUUGGUAGUGUUUACUGGGCCCAUCCUCUUAGGUCAUGGGAUGCCAGAUUUGCUCUCGUUGGGAGAAAGAUCAUUGAUAAUGAAACGCCCGUCUUCAAGAAUCUUUUCGAAAGUCUCUGGAUUCCAGGUGAUUCUGAUAUUCCAAACGUCAGUUUUCUUGUGAGGGGCAAAGACUUUUCUGUCGACAGAGUUAUCGUCAAGCGGGAAACUCGGCGCCCGUGCAUUAGUAAAAAGGUCACAGAAGGACAAGAUAUCGACCUUGUUUGCAAAGAAGUAAUGGAGAUGAUCAUCAGGCGUAGCAAGCGAGUACCCGAGCAAUAUAAGGCCGUCGCUCAUGACAGGUUGCACAUGGUGUAUUCUGGCAUGCUUCAUUAUUCGUUCGCUCUGAUUCCAACCAGGAUUGAAAGGGCCCUGCAACAAAACACAAACCUCGAGAUUGGUGAAGAGGUUUUGUGGACAACAGGCGAUCUCAUCGGUAGAUAUAACGAGGGUGAGAGCAAUAUUUUUAGAAGUCUAGAGUCGCUUGUCUUCACAAUGCUAAAAAAGACUGAUGAUAUCGGGUUUAACAAUAACAAUGGGCCGGAUGAGAUGGAAUUCGCGUAA